GACUGUGUUAUGAUACUAAUGAGAACACUGAAAAUAUAAUAACUAACCCUACUCGAACCUGGGGUAUCCGAGCACUAAAGGGAUGCUUAAGCAAUGGAACUAUGGAAAAAAUAUCAAAUUAUCCAGGAAUGAUAAUCUACCUUUAACAUUGUUUUGUACACAACAUUACAACACCUAUCACAACAAAAUCUUAUCAUGGUUUCUCUAAGACAGACUUUGGGUUAUCGGACAAUGGUCCCGCGGACAAUCCUACUACAUAUGUGCAUUGUAUCAGUAUACCUUGUAAGCAGAACUGACGUCAUCUUGUUCAGUAUGAAAGCGAUAGUUAUUUUAUUUGUUUUCGUUUGGACUGGCCUUUGUACAGCCACAGGUCCGUGUAGAGACGGCUGGUUACCAUUUGAAGAAGACUGCUACUAUUUUUCUCAUAAUCUUCUGUCAUGGCCACAGGCUGCAGAAACAUGCGAGGCACUUCACAGUACACUGGCCACGGUUUUGUCAGCCGAAGAACAUACAUUUCUUAAGACUACUCUUAUGAAAAUACAUCCCAGUGAUGCAGCAAAAGUAAUAUAUUGGAUUGACGGCACAGACCUAGAAGUGGAACAUGUUUGGCGAUGGGCGUCUUCAGGGGAACUCCUCUCCUAUCAGGAGUGGGCCACGGGGGAGCCUACUAACACUGGGAGUGAAAACUGUCUUCUUUUGUGGGGUGUACAGGGCUUCAAGAUGGGCGACAACCCGUGUGGGGCAAGUUGGAACUACGUUUGCAAAUCAAGCUUAGAAACUGGUGAAAAUAUAAUUGGUUGAGUUUUAUGAAUAAACCAUCAGAGUAGAA